UAGCACGAGUGAGCCGUCAACCGGCUUCCUUGUAUGUUCUCGAUAGACAUGCGUAUGAUUCUUUUCUCGAUGAAAUUUAAUCACUACAUGUUCAUUUAGAACAAUUUUAUAUAACUUAAAUUAUUAAAUUUAAUAAUUAAACUAUGUAUUUUUCACAUUUUUUUAAUAUAGUUUUAUUAUGUUCAAUGCUCUCGGUCAUCUUCAUACCAAAUAUUGGUGGUUCAGAAGAUGGCAAAAAAUCGAAGAGCGCCCGAGCGUUGGAGACACGAAACGCCGGAGAAGAUGACGAUGCAGACGGUUUGAACCAAAGAGAUAACCUCGAGGACGAUGACGAGGAAACGACCAAAGUACCACCGGGAUUUCUGAGUCCGUCAGUGAGGGAAUACUUGGAACUAGGAAGGUCAAUUCCAGGCAAACCGGGCACGGACUAUCCCGUGCUGGCCGUUGUGCCGUACACAGACUUCUAUUGCGACGAUCAACCGUAUCCGGGAUUCUUCGCGGACGUGGACACCAGGUGUCAGGCGUGGCACUAUUGCGACAUCGACGGCCGGCAAGCGUCGUUCCUGUGCCCGAACGGCACACAGUUCAGCCAGGCCGUGUUCGUGUGCGACUGGUGGUUCAACGUGCGGUGCGACCUCAGCAAGGAGCUGUACCACAUCAACGAGCGGCUGUACCGGACCACACCGCGACCGGACAGGCCGCACAGGGUGCUCACCAAAGAGCUGCUCGACCAGAUAUUCCUCUGAUCGACCACUAUACAAUUUACAUACAUAUCAUAAUUGUGUUUAACGCCUAUACAUACGUACAGGAUUAACGAUUUAAAAUUUUUAAAUACGACAUAACAAGAUGACCCCGCGGUCGUUCGAUUGAUAAGUACACAUGGAAUAUAUCUGGAAGCUUCCAAAGGCAAAUUUAAAUGUAAUUUCUGUCUAUAAAACUAAUCAAUUUCUCCAGAUGCACCCCCCUCAUCAUACAGUGAUGUCUUCUCUCUCUCCUUCCCCACGGCCUUUAUAUUAUAUAUUACUUUUCUCGUGUAAAUUGCUAUCAUUUGAUCCGGCAACAAAUUUAGCAAUUCGUGGUCGCAAUAUCAAGCAGUUUAUAAAUAAACGCGUAACGUUUAAUUUGGUUUUAGCUCCUGCGUAAAUUUUUGUAAUCUAUAUAAGUAUUGAAAAUCAAGUCAACUUUAGAAAGUGACCAUGACGCCUGAGGCUUAAACUAUGCAACCUGUCAACAAAACGUCCACCGCCGCCACCAACAUAUAUAAUAUUAAUAUAACGCGGACUAGUCGACAAGACCUUUGUACCUACAUAUUUUCUAGAAUUCCUCGUACGCUCGCGGCGAUAUAAUUUUUACAACCUGCGAACGUCACACGACUAAAACCGAAUAAAAUUUAAUUUGCACAUUUAACUCGUAUAAUACGCUAUAUAAUAACGCAUUACACACCGCGGCAAGUGACCUUAUGUAUCGUGACGACAACCGCCCACCAAUCGUACCUCGGUUGACAUCCCGACCGGGGGGUCCACGGCACUCAUAUCGCCAAUAAUAUCCCGACACGAUAUUACAUUCCAGUAGGUUCACGAAAUAUUACACCGCGACCGAGUUAAAAUAUGUUUGGCCACCGAAAGUUGUAUACAACUAAAUUAUACAAUAAAUUGGUCGGUAGCAAUUAUAUAGUUAUUAGUUAAUAUAUUAUUCAAUUUCGACACUAUAGACACAGCAUAAAUACUCCUAUGUUCGCGAUAAUCUUUCCAGCUAAAUAAUAUGACCAGAAAAAAAAUUACAAUUUGCGCGGUACACAAUGGAAUAUUAUUAUACGCACGUCAAAGAGAAUAAUCGUUUAAACUCAAGACGGUGUGUCCGUACACACCGCACAUUAGUGCUGUAUGUAAAUCGGACGUUUGCGCACACCGCGUUUGCAUCAUUCGUUGUGUACAACACACAUACUUACAUCUAUACGCUAUUGUCUAAAGGUCACUGCUUGUAAAUAUAUUCGUUUUGUUCGCUACAGAAACUACAUGUGUAAAUAUAAUAUUAUCGUCAUAUUUAAAAACUAAUGAUUUCCGAGACGAUUGCAUUUGAAUCGUUACCAUAUAAAUCUAUAAUCUCAUAUACCCAUUUAACAUCUUAGGUAUGUAUAGAUGUUAUACACGUUAUGUUCGCGAUUGUUAUGCGAAUAAAGGUCGAUGACUAUAUUAUAAUUUAUAACCUGUCAUAUAUAAAUAAUAUCUAUAUAUAUUAAAACUUCUAUUAUCUAAUAGGCAAAUCGCCUUUCUAAGUAGGUGACAUUUUUUUUCAUUAUAUAACUUGUUUUUUUACGUAAUUUUAUACAUAUACCAUAUUAUAUUUAUUAUUAUUUAAGUACUAAAUUAAUAAUUUAAACGAGAA